CGUUAGUGGUGUCCGCCAGGACAGACGUAACCACUCUUGGUUAACCACCACGCGUGUACGGCUUAUCCGUGCUGUGUUCACCUCCAGCAUGAAAGGUCCUUGGAUACCAUUUGGAAGAUACAUGUCUUAUCGAUGACUACUGAACAUGACCUCCGCUCCAUUCCACGUAGUCUUGGCUACGUGUUUUCUUUUAUCAUGGAGCUUACAACAUCCUUACAAGUUACAGUUCACACGAACAUUUUACAACGUGACCAUUCCGGAGAAUUCUGUCAGCAGGACUUUAGUCACAUCCAACAAUCGUAUGGGCAUCUUUCGGCAAAGCACAGAGGAUGACGUGACCUUUCGUAUAGUGACAGGGGAUCCAGACAGGAUAUUCAAAGUGGACAGCAAACCAGUUGGCGAUUUUAUAUUUCUCGUUCUUAGGACGAAAGGUGGAAAUCCAGUCGUUAUUAAUCGUGAGCGAAAAGAUAAGUUUGUACUAACAGUGAAGGCUUUUUCCUCAAGGAGCUCUUUGGAAGCAACCACCAUAAUCUAUGUUCGUGUGGAAGAUCAAAAUGAUCUAACUCCAAUUUUCUUUCCUUCGAACUACAAUGAAACACUUCCUGAGGACUUUUCUCUUCAUAAUCCAGUUCUGAAAGUUGCUGCCGAAGAUGCCGACCUAGGAGUCAACGGAGAAGUUAUGUACUGGAUUAAAGAACCGACAGAGUACUUUGCGAUCCAUCCUUCGAUGGGAAUUGUGACACUUACGAAGCGCUUGAAGUAUGCUGAGAGGUCUGUCCAUGAACUUACGAUAGUCGCUCAAGAUAGAGCAACAAUAUUCAGAGGAGGAGGGCAGUUUUCGUUGGCUAAAGUAUCGUUGAGAGUUAAACAGGUUAACUUGUUCGGACCUGAAAUAUACGUUUAUGUCCUUCAAGAUCCUUCGGCCCAUAAGUUAGGGCUAGUAUGUGCAGUAGUUAGGGUAGUUGACAGAGACGAAGGGUUACAUGGAGAGAUUGAAAAUAUCAGAAUUGUUGAAGGAGACCCUCUAGGGAUUUUCGUCAUAGAUCCAGUUGACGAAAGUAAGAACAAGUCAAGAAAUGAGUAUAACAUUAUUCUAGCUAACAGUGCGAUUCUAGGUAGGAUACCUUCAGUAUAUAACUUGUCGUUACAAGUUUUUGACAAAGGGUUUCCACAAAGGAUGUCAUAUAAAGCUCUCUCCAUCAGAGUCGUGAAUGAUUCUGAUGCGGUGCCAUAUUUUGAACGGGAACUUUAUGUUGUUAAUGUGCCUGAAUAUAUACCACAGGGUACACCUCUACUUAGAUUAACUCUUAUGAAUAGAAAUCAGUUUUUGUCAGAUGAAAUAAUAUUGAAAAUUGUAGAUGGAAAUCCCAAUAAUGCCUUUAGUAUUAACCAAAGAACGAUGACACUGUACACAAAUUUGCCUCUAGACGCAGAAGAACAUCGAAAAUUUACAUUAACUGUAGCACUAAUCAGAAAAGAAAAUAUAGAAUACAAGCACUCAUCAACUGCUAAAAUAAAAAUAAAUGUCAUAGAUUCCAAUGACAAUGACCCAGUAUUUUAUGAAAUUCCAAAAGAGAUAUCAGUACCCGAAAAUGAACCUGCUGGAACACAUGUAUUCAGGGUGUCGGCUUUUGACAGUGACUCUGAGGAUAAUGGUGUUGUUACCUACCGAAUAGCAAAUUUAAAGUCUGUUCCUUUUGAGAUUGACCCCAUUUCUGGAGUCCUGAGAACAAUUCAACCGUUAGAUUUUGAAAGCAGGAGAAAGGAAUUCAACAUAAGGAUAAGAGCAUCAGAUUCUGGUACACCGUUUAGAAGAGAAUCUGAGAAAACAUUGAUGGUAAAAACUAGAAAUGUUAACGACAACAGUCCAAUUUUUACGAAAGGCGAUUGUUCCCUUUCAAUACCCAGGAAUCUUUUGAUUGGUUCAAAGCUAUUCCCACUUAGUGCUACGGAUAUGGAUGAAAUGGAUAGCAUCACCUACAGUGUAUCAUCUUCAUAUCGUGACGACUGUUUUAGAAUAGAAGUAUCCCAUGGGUUUUUAUCUCUGGAAUGUAACCUUUCAGAAGCUGCGAGAACAGAAUGGGAAUUGAAUGUAACAGCCAGCGAUGGUACGUUUAAAACAGAAACAUUUGUUAGGGUGUUUGUGUCAUCUCCAGAGCUAUCCUCCUCCCAGAUUAGUCAGAUUCAGUACUCCUGCAGGGAAAUUGAGAGUUCAAAAGAUGAACCCAAUCAGAUUGAAUCCUUUAAAAAUUUAGAUAGGGGUACAAUUGAUAAUAUAAACUUUAAAAUUAUGUUGGAGAAUCUCAAUGAUCCUGUCAUUACAGGGUUGCCCAAGAGAUUCACAGUUGAAGAACCAAUUCCAGUAAAUUCAACUAUAUUUAAAGUUACAGCUUUUGAUAAUGAUGAAGGCUUCAAUGGACUUUUAGUUUAUGGUAUGAUGUGUAAUCCAGAUGAUUCUGUUUUCAAAAUUGAUCCUGAUUCGGGAGAGAUAAGCAUUUUUUACUUAUAUGGUGAUGAAAAUCAAAGUAUGUAUAACCUUAACAUAUCUGUUUGUGACCAAGGAUCACCCAAACGAUGUACUUCGGACAGUGUAAGCGUUGUUAUUUUGCGUGUUAAAAAUAAGCCUCGAUUCCCUGAGGAGCUGUAUAAAGUACAUAUAUUUGAAAACAUUGAAACUGGUAGUGAAUUAUUCGUAAUGGAAGCUGUUGGAUUUAAUAUCACAUAUAGUAUUGUUUCCAUCACAGACCAUUUCAGAAUGGAUUCUAAAACUGGAGCGAUACUCCUUAAGGCUCCACUGGACCGAGAAACGGCCGACAGCCAUUCAAUAACAGUUAGAGCGACCAGUAGUGAUACCAUCUCGAGUGAACCUAACAGUUCUGAUGUGGUUGUAACUUUUUAUGUGAACGACGUAAAUGACAAUCCUCCUGCAUUCGUUAAUACCCUUUUGGAAGCAUUUGUUCGCGAAGACGUGCCUAAAGGAAGUGUAAUUUUUGUUGUGAAUACUCUAGAUGUGGAUUUAGGACCUAGUGGAGAGGUUAUGUAUUCGUUACAAGAAAGUGAUUUAUUUUCGAUUGAUUCCUUUACUGGAACGGUCAGAUUACAGGGUCGGCUUGACUACGAAACCAAGAAAGAACACAGAGUAAUUGUAGAGGCCCGUGAUAAAGGAACGCCUUCGCUCUCCUCACAGGCUGUUUUAACUGUCACCGUCGUCGAUGUGAAUGAAAACCUGAAUCCCCCGACGUUUGACGAAGUUGUGGUGGUUCGCUCAGUAAAGGAAAAUCUUCCCCCAGGCACGUUGGUCACAACUGUCACAGCGGUAGAUGCAGAUCCCCCUGGAGCAGACUCCAAGAUUAUUUACAACAUUCGAGAAGGAGAUGAUUUAGGAAUGUUUACUGUUACAGAACAAGGCAACAUCUUAACAUCAGCAGUGUUGGAUGCUGAAGUUGCUGACCACUACUGGCUAACAAUAGUUGCUGAGGACUGCGGUCUCUUGCCUCUUUCUGCAUCAGUGCAGGUUUACAUAAUAGUUGAGAAUGAAAAUGACCUUUUACCCUUGACCACUGAACCAUCUUAUCACAUGAGGGUGGAAGAGAACCUGCCUUCUCACUCACCAGUCGGCCACGUGACUUCAAAAAAUGAUCUCAUCUACACGCUUCUUCAUCCUGUUUCCGGUCGACUGCCUUUCUCUAUCGACAUGAAUUCAGGUUUGAUAUCAACGUCAGCCUUGCUCGAUAGAGAAGAGAAUGAGGAAUAUAUAUUUCAGGUGAUGACCAGUGAGAGGGGUAGCCCGGGGCAGAGCGGCGCCACGACAGAGGUCCUCAUUACUGUGGUGGAUGUGAACGAUCAUGCUCCACAGUUUGACAGUGACCACUACAUUGUUCGGCUGCCACAUUUACCACUACCUUUACCAGAGAAGUUUAUCAUCAAUGAAACUGAACACGUAUCUUUUGAUGGAGAGAAAUGGAUAGUUUCAGAUUUCCAAAUUAUGGACAGCGCUGUGCCUUUUUUCCAAGUUCUAGCCACUGAUUUAGAUGACGGUGGAAACGGAAGUGUGUUAUACAGUAUUCACAAUACAGCUUAUUUUGCACUACAUUCCCAAACAGGACUGAUAUACCCGCGAACCCGUUUGACUCCAGGAAGGGAAUAUGAACUUUCGGUGAAAGCUAGUGAUGGAGGAGAUCCGAGCCGUAGUUCAACAGCCAAAGUUACUGUAUACUGUCCCCACAAAUCACACACGCUGAAAAAACUCUCCACGGAAGAACUGGUCGUUAGUGUGAAGGAGAAUAUUUCACCAGGAGAGAUCGUGACGAAGUUUAAUGUCUCAUACCCUGACAAGGAUUUAAUGACGUAUGUGAUUACAGGGGGAAAUGGAACGCGGUAUUUGGCGAUACGUGGGGAAGCUUUAUUAGUAGCCAGGAGAUUGGAUUGUGAGAACGGCGCCACCCUGGGCCUGACUAUCAUGGCUACCAACGUGUCUGCUUUCUGGAACAUAAAGGUUAUAGUGAAGAUAAAUGAUAUAAACGAAUUCCCACCUAAAUUCAGUCGAUCACAGUAUAAUCUGAAUGUGAGCGAGCUAACUCCAACCGGAACUGUACUGGCCACAUUGGAGGCUUCAGAUCUGGAUCUGAAAUCCAAUCUCUCGUUUCAUAUCUACAACAGUGACCCUGGCUCAGAUAUGUUUACCGUGGACUCCACUAGGGGAGAAUUUGUGCUCAAGGGUCCUCUUGAUAGGGAAGUCUCCAGAUCUCACCGUUUAACAGUGGUUGUUUCCGAUGGUGGAGAAUUCCCGAGAUUUGGAUACACGAGAAUUAUUAUUCAAGUUGAAGACACAAAUGACAAUAAGCCUUUCUGGCCCAAGGAUACUCUCUUUUUGACAGUUGUUGAAGAUGCUCCUCCAGGAAGUGUAUUGACAACACUCACAGCCUUUGACAGAGAUGCAGGGGAGAAUGGUGUUGUCGUUUACUCGAUCAUUUCAGGAAACAAGAAUUCUACACUAAAGAUUCACCCAGAAACUGGAGUUUUGCAGCUAGCGAAACGUUUGGAAUGGUUGGAAUUGUAUGAGUUUACCAUUGUAAUAAGGGGUCAAGACCGAGGCUAUCCUAAACUCAGUUCCGAUAUGAUCCUUCGGAUUAAAAUUUUGCAGUCCGACAAGAGUCCACCAAGAUUUUCAAAUCAUCUUGGUUGGUUUGAAAUAUCGGAGAAAUCAGAAGUUGGGAAAGUAAUUGGAAAAGUUCCAACAAAAUCAUCGCCAUUACUGCUGUACGAUAUAAUAAAGGGAGAUCUUCAAGGUCAAUUUAAAAUCAAUCCUUAUUGUGGUGACAUUUUACUGCAACGUAAAUUAGAAUAUGAGUCAAUCCCCAAAUACAACUUGAGCAUCGCCGUCACAAACAUGGCAGGCAUAAAAUCUUUCUGCAAUAUAAUAAUAUACGUCUUGGACUACAAUAAUAAUCCCCCAGUGUUCAAAAAAGAUAUUUAUUCAGGAUAUAUAGAUGAGUCAGCCAUUCCUGGAUCAUUUGUAAUGACAAAAGAAGGUCCAUUGAGGAUUUUAGCAGAGGAUUUAGAUUCUGGAAUCAAUGGUCUUGUGAUGUUUGAAAUUAAAGAAUCGAGUCACAUGGAUUUACUGACCAUCGAUCCUAUAACAGGUGCAGUUCGCACUGCUGCAGGAUUAGACUACGAACAGAUAGCGGAGAUAAAUGUGUUGGUAUCAGCAGUUGACUUGGGUCAACCCUCACUCCGCAGUGAGACCCUCGCAAGUCUCCAAGUACGCAUUAAAGAUGUCAAUGACUGCCCUCCAGUGUUUAGCCACAAUAUCUACAACGCAACUGUGGUGUUGCCUACAUACAAGGGCGUUUUAGUCGUUCAGGUCUCUGCGACAGACCCAGACUCUGCGACAGUCACAAAACUCUAUUACUCUAUCUCUGGAACAGAAGAUCUGGGACUUAGAGUGAACAAAGAUACGGGUGAGAUCUUCGUGGAGGAUCCGCUAAAGCUACGCCCACGUCGGAUAAAAGUUUUAGUGGACGAUGGAAAACACCAAGAUAGUGCAUUGGUGGAAAUCCUACUUCGCAAAAGAGAACCGAGUGUCAUUCGUUUCCAAAAGGAUAUUUACCACGCUGCCGUCUUGGAAAAUUCAACUAAAACCUCGGUUGUAACAGUGGUCAGCGUUUUGGGAUCACGCAUAAACGAGGAUAUCCAUUUCUCCCUCCUGAACCCUUCGCCGAAUUUCUCCAUUGGCAGAACCUCUGGCAUCAUUUCUACUGGCAACGUGGUAUUUGAUCGUGAACAGUUGGACCACUACUUACUUAUAGUUCAGGCAUAUUCAAUGGACCGCAAACUGACGGCAUAUACUGAGGUAAACAUCUCCGUCUUGGAUGCCAACGACAAUUGUCCCUAUUUCCUCAACCUUCCCUACCGAGCAACUUUGACAACGAACGCUACUAAGGGAGACUUUGUAUUUAAGGUUGUAGCUAAGGACAUGGAUACAGGAGAUAAUGGGGAAGUUCGGUACGAACUGGACCAAACAGGAUUAGACCUGUUCCGGGUGGGCCGGAAGUCCGGUGAGAUCCGGUUAAAGAGUCUCUCAGUUUACAACAGACAAGAGACACAUGUUUUAGUAACAGCUACGGAUGGAGGUAUAGUUCCAUGUUCCGCUUCUACCACUUUGACAGUUCUGAUGAUCAACGCUCAAGCGCCUCUGUGGGAGCGGAUGGUGUACAAAGCACAAAUAGUCGAGUCGGCCCCUUUGUUAUCAGCAGUUCCGGUCUCUUUCAAGGCUGCAGGCGUCAAUAGAGUCGUGUAUCAAUUGGUUAACUCAAACAACUUCCUCCUACAUCACUCCACAGGUGUUUUACAAGUGCUCAGUGAACUGGACAGAGAAAGCACGGCUCUGUAUUCUCUUACAGUUCGUGCAACUGAUGCUGUUACCAGGCUCUCGGCUGACACCUUGCUUCUACUAGAGGUCACAGACAUUAAUGACUGCCCCCCAGAGUUUCUCCAGGAGAGCUACCAGGUUCAGGUAUCAGAGGAUACUGAGGUUGGGACAAUGGUGUCAAGAGUAACCGCUAUAGACAGAGAUCAGGGCGUAAACGCAGAGAUACACUAUUCGAUGGACAGCCAAUACUUUAAAAUAGACAACAAGAAUGGUACUGUCUUCCUACAGCAGAACUUGGACUACGAGAGUUGUAGUUUACAUCAUCUCACAAUCUAUGCUACAGACAGUGGGGUUCCACAAUUGACUUCAUUUGUUUAUGUUAUGGUUCAAGUUUUGAACAGAAAUGACAACAGUCCUAUGCUAAUAGAUCCUACUUUACGCCUCAAAAUAUCGCAAGUUGUUCCAAGAGGGACCUUUGUCGGUAGAAUCUUGGUACGGGAUGAGGAUGGAGACCAGUUAAACUUCAGGAUGACCUCACAAGAAGAACAGGUCAGAAGAGCACUUGCGUUGGAGAGAAAUACAGGUAUUAUCUUAGUUCUUAAUCCGACGUACCUUCAAGAAUUCGACGUCAUAUAUAUGAACUUCACAGUAGACGACGGACUUCACUCAACUUCAGGUGUUGUGGAGGUACAGACACUCUCUGCUAAUAGAAGAGCUCCAUAUUUCGACAAGACCGCAUAUCAGGCAGUCCUGCAGGAAAACCUCCCCUCUGGCCAGAUAGUGGUAAAAGUGGUGGCAACUGACACUGAUGUAGGGGCGUUCGGCAACAUCUCCUACAGCCUGCCCUUGCAGCGCAGCUCCGAAUAUUUCUCAAUUGAUAGAUUUUCAGGUGACAUAUUGACUAGAAAACCUCUUGAUCGUGAGAUCAGUUCAUUCCAUCAGCUGCACGUCCUGGCUACUGACGGUGGAGGCCUCAUAGGGUGGGUUUCUGUGGAAGUGAACGUCUUGGACGAAAAUGACAACAAUCCGGUCUUCGAGCUUCCCACAUACAUUUCUUGCGUGUCGGGAGACCUGACGACAAAUCAGACCAUUGUUAAGGUGAAAGCUGUUGAUGCGGACGCCGGCUUGGCUGGUGUAGUCAAGUACUCCAUUAUGGACGUCGAGCCUCGUCUCACGCAAGACUGGUUCAGAAUUCAUCCUCAAGAGGGCGUAGUUACCGUCACACGCCCGAUUACACUCAAGGAGAUUCAAGUCGUGAAGAUGACUGUGAUAGCUACAGAUAGUGGCUCACCUCCCCUUCAAAAUGACGUAAUUUUAACUGUGACCUUGAUGCCACGAGAACAACCCACACUUCAAGUACAUUAUAUUCCAUCUAGUUUUAUCAUUCCUCCCUCGGCUAAACCAGGUCACAUUAUUUAUCACUUCAAGAAUACACUGAAGGGUAACAUGAAGUAUCACAUCAUUGGUGGAGAUAACGCUCUUGGCAUCAAUUCUACAGGUCAUUUGUUUAUUCAACGACCUUCUACAUUCUUCAGAAAGAAGAUUGGUAUUCUUAUGAAGUCCUCUAAUGGAAUUGUUACCUCUUGUGCAUUUAAAGAAAUAUUAAUUGAAAGUCAACAUGGACAACUUUAUGUGCCGACAUUUUUUCAGGACAAAGUUGUACUAAAAAUACCUGAAAAUACUGCUGUUGGAUCACUUGUUUACAAAGUGUAUACAAAAGACGAGAUUCCUGUGCUCUUCAGCAUGCCAAACUCCUCUCCAUGGAUCUCUAUCGAUCCUCUGACGGGCUGGAUGUCCGUCACCUCUCCACUGGACCGUGAGGCCCACGAGGAACUGGAGAUCGUGGUUAUCGCCACCCACCAACAUAUCACCUCGUUGUCCUCUGGUUGCUCCAUUUUGAUCUAUCUCACUGAUUACAACGACAAUCCCCACAUCUUCAACCAAGACGUAUACAACGUUGCAGUGAAAGAGGACGCAGCAUUAGAAAGUGUCCUGGUACAACUAGCCCUGACAGACCCAGACAAGGAUCGUGGUACCCUCACCUGGGAUACAGGGGAUCCUACCUUCGGAGUCACUGCGAACUUUGAGCUUGUGUUGUUGUGGCCUUUAGACCGGGAGAAGACUCCCAGCUAUGUCUUGAAUGUAACAGCGAGUGAUGGUGUCUUUACCGCAACUACCCGUGUCAACGUUCUUGUUAUUGACGUAAACGACGAACGCCAUCGCUGUCUGCAUCCCAUAUACAACGUAUCCAUAUUAGAAUCUCAAUCUCCCGGCUACUUGGUUACUACAGUGCUCACUUCAGAUCCAGAUUUGGAAACGAAUCUUAUUUAUAGACUUUCUGGAUUAGGAUCGGAGAAGUUCUCUAUUGACAAUCACGGCGAGGUUCGCCUUCGGCAUUUCUUGGACAGGGAGACUUCGUCAGGUUACCUUCUGGAAGCCACAGCUCUAGACCCCACUCAUCCCGACUGGUUAUGCACUUCCAGAAUCCAAAUGAAGAUAGAAGACGUCAACGAUAAUUCGCCAUCAUUUACCAUCAAUAACGAAACGAUUACUAUGACGGAAGACGCAGUAGUUGGGAUGAUCGUCACCAAAUUGCAAUUUCUAGACUUUGACGAAGGUGAAAACCGUCAAGUCCACUACACAUUGGUAGAUUCUGCAGGAUUGUUCAACGUGUCUUCAGAUACUGGCAUUUUGAGCCUUAUCCGGCCCCUCCAGAGCUCUCCAGGAUCCGUGCAUUACGUCACUGCAAAAGUGUCAGAUCAUGGCAGACCGUCCCUGACGUCACUUACGACUCUUCAAGUCAUAGUUCUGGGAAUGAAUGAUGAUCCCCCUCUGUUAGUUUCCGGUGCCUACCAUGUGUCUGUAUCCGAAGACACUCCUGUUUUCACCUCUCUCUUGGAUAUUAAAGCAUUCUCCGAUGAUGUUGAAAGAAAAUUCAACGUGAUAUACACUAUUCUGGAAGGCAACGGCCACGGGGAAUUUGACGUCGACAAACGAACCGGUGCAUUAUCCACGUGUAAAACACUCGACUUUGAGUCCCGUCAGGUGUACCAACUGCUUAUCCUCGCCACGAGUGUCGGCGACUCCUCUUUAACAAGCUACGUCUCUGUGAACGUCACUGUCCUUGACGCAAAUGAUAAUCCUCCGAUAUUCAAGAUAACCAGAUACACGCUACAAAUACGAGAGGACGUCGAGGUCGGUCAGAUGAUCCUUAAGGUAGAUGCAGAUGACGUGGAUUCUGGACGUAACGGGUUGGUUCUCUUUUCACUUGAUGAAAUCUCCAGGAGAUAUUUUGGUAUAGACUCACUCUCAGGAGUUCUUAUGGUUGGAAGUCACCUAGACAGAGAAAAUGUAGCCAGACACGACGUGCUGGUGUUGGCAACAGAUCAGGGCAUUCCAGCUCUAUCGUCCACUGCCACAGUUACCAUAGAUGUCUUGGACGUGAACGACAAUCCACCAAUAUUUCUGCACCCCAACGCCACAGCAGUGUUACAGGCUGACCGCUUGCCAGGCUGGGCAGUUUUCCACUUUGCUGUUUCGGACGCUGACCAGCUGGAUCAAUCUUCUUUUACUCCACUCUCAUUCCACCUGACUUCCGGCAACGAGAAAGAGAUGUUCCGUGUGGACCCGGAUGGAACACUGAGGACUACAGACAAACUUAGUGUCCGACUAGGCGACUCAUUCAAGUUGACCAUCAAAGUGGAGGACGGUGGAAGGCUGCCCGUGUUGCACUCCUCAACUUGGAUAUACAUAAAGGUGGUUGAACCAUCAAAACACCCGCCGAGCAUAGUCCCUCUGUGGGUAUGGGUCGGGGUAUACGAGCACCAAUGGCAAGGAGGUGACUUGGGUCUCGUGGCCGCCUCAGACCUUGACCCGUAUGACAAACUGGAGUACUCUGUCUCGGGAACCCCGCUGUUUACGAUCGAUCCUCGCCUAGGGGUCCUGAAGGCUAGAAGUAACCUCGCACCAGGAGUCUACUCAGUUAAUGUCUCAGUCACAGACGGAAAGUUUAGCACUUCCAGUUUGGUGUCGGUGACUGUCGAACUUCUCUUGCAAGACAUGUUACAAUCAUCUAUUUAUAUUAGACUGUCGCCUAAGAUGAGACAAGAAAUACUGGUGGCGAGGCUUCCAGUGUUUCUGUCAACUCUGAGAUCCGCGUUCUUGAGAGAUGUAAGCCUCAUCAGUAUUCAAGACAUUCAGAACUCGACAAUUGGAGUGUUGAUUGCCGUGACUGGGGGAGCGGACUUGGCAGUGGUACGAGAAGUGAUGGUCUCUACGGGGUUGGUUGGAACCACCCCUCAGUGUGAUUGUAUGAAUGGUGGAGUCUGCCAGAGACAGUUACAGAUGAUGCCAGAGAGGACCAAUAUCUUCUCCGCUCCCGGUCUAACGUUUGUUACUCCUAGUCAUUCCCUGGCAUACUAUUGUAUCUGCUCCAUGGGAUAUGCAGGGGAACAUUGUGAAGAAGUAAAAUGCCAAUGCCCCCCACUCCAGGUAUGUGUGCCACAGAGGGUUGGGUUCGCAUGCAUGCCACCCUGUUCAGCAAAUCAAACAUGUCCGGCUUCGAUGACGUCAUCAGUAACAUGGUCGGAUGUCGUCACCUACUUGUGCACACUGGUUGGAAUUAUAGUCACUAUAUGUGCUUUAGUUCUAUACAGGAAAUACAAGAGCAGUUCCGGAGACCGGAAAUACGGAAGCUGGGGGAAACACAACUGCUACAUAAAAAAGAAAACAAAACUGAGCAACCUCGAAGCUUCUCAGAAACCACCAAUCUUUACCGGAAGUCCCAACAACGGAGCAAUCAGCCGCAACAAUCUGGAGUCUACACCUGGAGCAAGCAUGGAGAGUGAAACCAUCCCCCUGGACUAUUUAAGGAACAUAAACCCAGUCACAAAAAUGGAAAAUGAUAUAAUACAAGGUCACAGUUCAGCUCCCGAUUUGGCUACCUGUCACGCCGCCGACUCAUUCAUUCCUGACGAUCCAGCAAGAGACUUGGCGGAACUUGACGAUCGUCUAUCUCAGGAGGUGAUAGAGUACGGGUUUCCUCCACCGGAAGCACCACGUACACUUCCGGAACAUACGGAGAUUUCGUUAUAGCGUCUGCAGAAAACACCACCAUCUGUCUUAAUGGGAAAAUGUGAUCGAUAUAUUUCAGCACUCCAGAAUUAAACUGUUGGACAAUUUUUGAUGAUCCUGCAAUGAUGACAACAAUAUUUAAACCAUUUAAAUGUCACUAAUACAUAACUGUUGAUGUUUGGAAAACUUUAUAUAAAAAUCUUUACGAACAUAAGAGGAAACCAGUGUUUGCAUAAUAGUUUUAAACUUGAAACAUAAAACAUUUUGUACAGUAAAUUAAAAUUAUAUUUAUAAUGCACGAUUAUACAUGGUCAUUUGAAUUUGUAAAAGAACACUGGCUUUAUCAAACCUCUAGAAAGACUGAAACUAAGAUGCAAAUGGCUCAAACGAACACAUAUUAGGAUCAAGUCUGUACAUAUUUUUAUACGUUUUAACUUCUUAUUAUGUAUUAUAAAUUAAAUAUUUUCUCGUUAUAA